CUCCUCCUGUCAUCAUUGCUCGCCACGUCUUCAUGCACUUCGACAUUCCUUGCUUUGCCUUACUCGAGGAUCGAUCGCGCAGUUAGGCCGGCGACAAGACGACCUACCUCUCUCAUUUCCGCUUUCCCGACAUCUCGAGAUCCCUUGGACAGCGACUCCAGGCGGUCGACGCGCGAGCUUAUGGUGGGGUUUGGAUUAUUCCUAAUUGACAUCUGAUUUUCCGAAACCUGCUGCCUAGUAAGGCUACGCUACGGUUUAUCACUUCGAUCACCACUACAUAUGAUCGCUCUAGGUGUCCGACAAGCCUUGCUCCAUUGAUUGCUUACGCCUUCGUCGCCCAUCUCCCAUCGCCCAUUCAUCACAACCGCUGCGCCGAUUUCCAUCUCUAUAAGGGUCAAGCUUUUUAAUUUCCCGUACCAUCACCUCACAACCGGCUGCAUAUGACCCCAUAGAGUAUCAUCGGAAUCAUGGACUCAGAGCAAGAGGACAUAGUAUCUCGGCCCGCGGCCCAGGACCGGUGCAGCCAGCCUUUGGGGGAUGAGCCUGCCGAUGGCUACGCUUUUUUGGCACCGGUAGCUGGGAACAACACCAAUGUCGCUAAUCCUUCGCCACAUGACAAACCCUUCUGGUACAGAAUACAACAACACUACCGUCAAGACAUGAAGCCCAUCGAGCGUCGUCGCUUUUUCCAAUUCAUCCUCCACGACAUCAAAAACGAACUCCACGAAGGAGACACCCUGGUAUUCGUCGACUUCCCUCCACAUACGCAGCUAUCAGAGAGAGCCGACUGUUUCUGCUACGCUUGGAACUCUGUCCAGUUUCGUAUGCACUCCGAAAGACUUCUGGGUACUGGCUCCUCCAAGUUUGCGGAGAUGCUGAAUCCCACGUACCAGUUCCGUAUUCGGCGUCGACGAAAGCUUGUCAAAAGUCUUCCCGAUGGCGUCAAGUACGUCUUGGACCUUACACCUCCCACAGAGGGUGACGAACUCGUCUUCCAGAUGACCGAGGUUUCGCUGACCCCAGGUAUUAUCACCUGGUGGACUGCCACUAGUAAGCACGGCGUCGACAGCAAUGCUGUAUCUGGCCACGACGAUGUCUGCUCUUGCUGGAAGAACCGAGAGUCGAAAAAGUACGGGGAAGUCGACGUGGCCCUUGAAAAUAUUUCGGCAAAUGAACCCAAGCGCGAUCAAAACCAGGACAGAGACUCUGAUAUGGACCGGGCUACUGGGAUGGCCAAUUUGCAGAGUCUCCGCGAGGCCACGUCCCAGACUGGUAGACCCAAACAGCAAGCACCCACGCCGACAAUGGAUUUGGCAGCCAAGGUACUAGUGAAGAAGUCCAAGGGCGACUUCGCCGCCGACCCGGUUCCAGCCUACCGACAGAUCCCCGACUACUGCCCUGUCCGCCACCGCGUCAAUAUCCUUCGUCUCAUGUAUCUUAUCUCAGACAAGUGUGUCUUCCUUGAUUCGGCACCAAGUGUAUGGACAUUGGUGGCAGUGGCCAAAAUUCUAGACUGCACGAGCGUGGUGCGCGGUCCCUUUCUCCAUUGGUUCAUGAGCCCCAACAACACCAUGUUCCUUGAAGUAUUGCCUGAGGAGAGCCUCCAGAUUGGGGUGGCCUUGAAGUUGGCCGAUGUUACACGCUCGGCCUUCCGCAUCUUGGUCAACGAACUUGCCCUCGAGGAGGCCGCUGAACCCAACGGCACACCCAAGGCAGCGGCAUACACCGUAUUUGGACGCAAGCGUCACGACCCCGGCGACGAUCUGAACAACAUCAUACAGCACGCGGCCCGGGCCAUGGUCGAGCGUGUGUCGCGUUCAGUCAACCAACUGGUCAGCGAGACAAUCUUUGAUGACCUGCAACUUGCCGAAUGGCUUCGGCUACGGAACAUUAUUGGCAUGCUCUCUAGCUGCCCCGACGACCCGAUGUUCCAGAGGGCCAAGAAGACUGCGCUCAUCCUUGCUGAUUCGUUGAAAGCCGCGUGGAAGGAACAUGUGGUGUGUAUCUUGCUCGAGAAGCCUCUCGACGCCAAUCAUCUGACUGGCGCCGAUAACCAACUCGCCACUUACAUUGAUGUGCGGCAUUUCAACCGUCUUGAUGUCGUGCACAAGCAACUGAAUAACGUGCAGAAAGCUCUGUGCUCGUUCAUGUACAAGGCUGUCGCCAAUAAGUGGCUUGGUUUUGCCAGAAUCUUUCCCUCGAGCUGCUUGCAGCCCAGUUUCUCCCGUCUGGCUACUGACCUCUGGGUUCUCCUCAUCGAGAUCUUGAAAUCCCGUCCCGACUUGGCAACGGACCCUGCUUGGGAAGCCCUUUUGGACCUGCCGCAGGAUGUCACCGCUGCCAUUGACCCAGGUUCCAUUUCCCUUUUGGAGACUGACGCCGCGAAGCACGUAUUCGACCUCCAGGCCUUGGAAACUCCGCUCCGCGCUUUCCUCGAGCCCCUUUCCCACGAAUACGCUCGUGUCGACUUUGAGAUCAAAAUGAAGAUGACGCCGCACCUAUUGCUUACUCUUCACCAAGACGAAUUCAAGUUCCUGCCACUCUGGGCUGGCGGCGACGACGACGGCACCGGUGGUGUCUUUGAGGAUUCUCUGCCACCUGCUGAUUAUGGACCAGUGGGGCCGGGUCCGAUCUACCACACCGGCGCAACAAUUCCUUCGGAAACAUCCAGUACGGCAGGCUCAGUGAACAGCGUGCUGCGACAGCUUCGCUUGGGAGGGGGAAGCACCAUUGGCCCUGGCAGUGUCGACGUCCAGGAUGGAAUUUCGACCGUUUUCAAUCACAACAAAGUGGUGGUUGACGAAAAGUCGAUCUACACGGAAUCGUUCACAGAUGAAGACUCAGACUACGGCAACGCCAGAUCUGCCGUUCCUGUGGAUUGCCAGGCCAUGGCCCAAACGACCGGCAUUAUGGUCCUUGAAGAAGAGACAACCGAGCACUCGGAUAUCGGUACUAGCGUCAACCUCGAGACUGACGACGAUGAUGACAUGGACGGGGUCAUGAUGGAGACGAGCCCUGAGGAUAGCCGCUUGCGAGAUGGUACCCAUGAACAUGUCGUCAGCAGCGUCGGUGCCCCGGUCUUGCUUGCGUCUGGGGGCCAGCGGUCCUCAACUACACCCUCGAUCACGAACGUUUCAUCCGGUUCUCAUCCUGAAGAAGACUAUGAUAUGGUAAUGAUUUGAAUAGAACAACAGCACGAGGUUGAUGGUUUAUUUCUUCUUGUCUGUUGGGCGUUUUGGGAGGUCGAUAAUUUGUGGUUGGAAGACCGAUCGUUGGGAACAGCUGGUGGCACAAAUGGAGGACUAACCUCAAUGGCACCAGCAAGUAGAUUUGCACAAAUGAGAAGAGACAACAUUGCAAACACGUUUACCCGUUCACCGUGCUAAAUUUGAAUGCAGGAGUACCGUGAACCCCACCCCUCCGACCAGAAUGCGCACCCCAUGUCAUUGUCUCGUGGUAUCCUCCUCCCAUUGUUCGGUUUCUAUUCGUCAAAUCCUGCCAUUAUGUACUCCAUCCCAUUGCCCAAUAUACCGCUCUUC